GUGCGCAGUAAAGAUAAUCAGAACUGUCAAAAAAAGUCAAAUUAUUAAAAAUAGUUUUCGAUUUUUUACAAUUGUUUGUAAAAAAAAGUGCCAAUCUUUAUGACAAAGAUAUAAUUGAUUAUUUAUGACAAUAGAGAAUUGCGAAAUAAUGAAAAAAAACAAUGUUUUUUAUUAACAAAAUGAUUUGAACGCUUCAAAAAAACUUGUUUUUCUAUUUUCAAGAGGAACUUUUAUUGACAAAAGAUAUUUAACAAUGGCUCUUGUAAAUAUAGAAGGCAGUGACCCGUGGCUUACAGAAUAUGACGCGUGUGAGAAACUAUUUCGCGAGAUAAUGGAGCAAUUAACACUCCGUGAUCGGGAACCUCGUACAUCACAAACAUUUAUCAAUUUAUCAGCUAAUAUUCGUCUUCGUAUGAGGCAGUACAGUGGCGAAGUUCAACAACUUAAAAUAAAAGUUGAAGAAUCUUCAAAGCAAAGAAAUAUAACUGCCGAGGAAGCUGAACGUAGAACUAGACAAAUUGAACAAUUGCAAAGUAAAGACGUGCAAAUUCAACGACUAUUUAAUUCUCGUGGCGCUGACCUUGCAAUGACACGAACUGCCUUAAUGGCUCCAAGUUCAUCGGCGGCUUUUGCUGAUAUUGGAACAACCAGUUGGGCUAUUGACGAUGAUGACGAUCGACCUCUAGAUGUUCAAGUGACGAUAGAAGAUAUUCAAACUCAAAAACAACGACUAAUGGAGGAACAAGAAAAAGGAUUAGAGGAAUUAUCGAAAGUUAUUACGAGGCAAAAACAUAUUGCGCAAGCGAUACACAGCGAAGUGGAUCACCAUAAUGAAAUAAUCGACGACCUUGCGGAUCACGUUGACAGAACGGAUGAGCGUUUAAUUGAAGGUACACGAACCGUGCAAAAUAUUAGUCAAAAGGACAGAACCUGUGGAUAUUGGAUUGUAAUUAUUUUACUUUUUAUAGCAAUAAUUCUCACCUCUUUCUGUUAAUGUUCUAUUUAUAAAGAAUUUAGUUUUACUUACUUCAUGUUGAUUUUUUGAAACAUUUCAAAAUGAAAUUAAUGAAAUUUUAGUAAAUUUACGAAACUAUUUUUUUAAUUUAUCUCACAUUGUAAAGAUAAAAAAUAAGUUGACAUUUUUUAUUUAAUUCUUCACAAAGAAUCUAUUUUUCUAUUUUUAUUAUUUUAAAAGAGAAUUUAAAGAGCAUAAUAAGUCAAAUGUGAUCAAUAUUGAUUAAUACAAUAUAUAAAUAAUAAAAAAUAUUUUUUGAAGAGCAUUUGCAUUAUAAUGUAAAAGUAUUUUUACUCGAUGCCAUGCCAAAGGUUUAUUUUUAAUUAUAAAUUAUUAUUUAUUCUUAAGUUGUGCGUUUCUAUCCUCCUAAUAUUUGAUAGAAAUGUAAAUAAUAUUUAAUUCUUGGAAAAUACUUUUAUUUUUACUGUUGUAAAUUUUUGUAAUUUUCACUAUUCAUAUACAUAAAAAUAUAGCAAUAUGCUUAAUAAAAUUGUAGACAUUUUUAAAAUUAGAUAUGCAAAUAAAGAAAUGUACCGACUCAUAUUUAAAUAUUUACUUAAAAUGUGUUUAUUUAUUUUCAUAAACAUGUUUUAAACAGAAUAUUCCAUUUCAAAUGUGUCGUAUAAUAAUUUUUAUGUCAUAAUUUUGUCCAUAGAAAUCACAAAGAUUACAAUAUUUUUUUAAAAAAAGGAAAAUUUCGCAAUUAUUUACACUACGUCUUUAAGAUUAAUAGCUAUUUAUAUACAAACAUACAACUCAGUAUUAAAUAUAUAUCAAAUCUAUUACUUUCCAAUAUUUUUUUUUGUCACUUAUCGUCGUAAAGCAAGGAAACAUCGCAAUUGAUUGAGAAUAUUUUACAAGAAUUGUUUCUAAU